GCCACUGUCUGAGCUUUACCCGGCUGGCGGCUGCGGUGGGCGGAGUCGGCCGAGCCUGUCCCGCACGGUCUUCUCCAAUGACCCGGCACCCCUAGGGGCGGCGCCAUUAAAGCCACGCCUUCCGUGUCGACUCGGGAUGGCUCUGAAGCGAUGUCGUAGGCUCGCCGGGGCGGAGACUCGGGCCGCUCCUCUCAGAGGCUAGGGCCCGAGUGGCGUCGUCAGCAGCUUGGAUUCUUCCGGUUUCUGGUGGCUGCGUCGCGUCCUAACGAAGGCUAGGGAUACGCCCUCCCUAGACCCUGCCGUCGCCCUCCUUUCAGCAUCGAACCUGAGUUGCUCCGGAACACCUCCAGCCCAACCUUCUCUCGCUCAGGUUCUCUCCCUUUGGAGGACCUCGGCCCCCCAUUGCCCACUUUCCUGGAUGUGCUGGCCCCUCCCACCCCUCUAAAAUGUCCAAUAACCUACAGAGGGUCUUCCUGAAACCCGCAGAGGAAAAGUCAGGCAACGCCUCGCAGUGUGUUUCAGGCUGCAUGUACCAAGUAGUUCAGACGAUUGGCUCCGAUGGAAAAAAUCUUCUGCAAUUACUUCCAAUUCCUAAUUCUUCUGGAAAUCUUAUACCGCUAGUUCAAUCUUCAGUCAUGUCUGAUGCUUUGAAAGGGAAUACAGGAAGCCCAGUUCAAGUUACUUUUCAGACUCAGAUUUCCAGCUCUUCCACAAGUGCAUCAGUUCAAUUGCCCAUUUUUCAGCCAGCCAGUUCUUCAAACUAUUUUCUUACAAGAACAGUAGAUACAGCAGAAAAAGUUAGAGUUACUUCUGUGGGAACUGAAAAUUUUACCUCAUCAGUUUCUAAAGUUCAGAGUCAUGGUGUGAAAAUUGAUGGACUCACCAUGCAAACAUUUGCUGUUUCUCCCUCCUCAACACAAAAUGAUUCACCUUAUAUUUUAGUAAAUACUCAGAGUCUUCCAAUGACUGUGAAGUCUCCAGUUUUGCCUUCUGGGCAUCAUUUACAGAUUCCUGCCCAUGCUGAAGUGAAAUCUGUACCAGCGUCUUCAUUGCCUCCUUCAGUUCAGCAAAAGAUACUUGCAACUGCAACCACAAGUACCUCAGGAACAGUUGAGGCCUCCCAAAUACCAACCGUUAUUUACGUAUCUCCUGUAAAUACAGUGAAAAAUGUAGUUACCAAGAACUUUCAAAACAUUUACCCAAAACCUGUUACAGAAAUAGCAAAGCCAGUGAUACUAAAUACCACACAAAUUCCAAUGAAUGUUGCUAAAGAGACACAGUUAAAAGGUGGUCAGCAUUCUCAAGCUGCUCCUGUGAAAUGGAUUUUUCAAGAAAAUCUACAGCCUUGCAGUCCAUCUCUUGUUCCUGUUAAAUCUUCAAAUAAUGUGGCUUCAAAGAUUUUAAAAACUUUUGUAGAUAGGAAAAAUUUGGGAGAUAACACUAUAAAUAUGCCAUCACUGAGUACUGUCAGUCCUAGUGGGACACAAUCCAAAAGUAUGCCUAUUAAAGAUAAUGCCUUGGUUAUGUUUAAUGGGAAAGUCUAUCUAUUGGCUAAAAAGGGGACAGAUGUUUUGCCAUCACAAAUUGACCAACAGAAUUCUGUUUCUCCUGAUAUUCCACGAAAAGAUACAUCACAAAUAGUGAGUUCAAGUCCAGUCACAGAAAUAUCCAGAGAGGUUGUAAAUAUUGUUUUGGCUAAAAGUAAAUCUUACCAGAUGGAGACAAAAUCACUUUCAAAUACUCAGCCUGCUUCCAUGAUCAAUCUAAGGGCAGAGAAGAAUAAAAAAGUGGAGAAACCAUCUCUUUCUACCCCAAACCCACAUAAUAUGAAUCAAUCCAUUAACUACUUAAAACAGAGUAAGACUUUAUUCACAAAGCCACACUUUCCAGAUGGAUUUAGUACAGUACAAAAUGCCCCCAGAAAAGGAAAUAUCAUCCAGAGCAUAGAGAAAAUAAGUUCCUCUGUUGAUGCAACAACUCUUACUUCACAACAGUGUGUUUUCAGAGACCAAGAACCAAAGAUCCAGAAUGAGAUGGCAUCAACAUUCGAAAAUGUUACUCAAGAAAGAAAUGACAAGAACCAUUCCCAAGGAGGAAGCAAUAAGGCAUCAUAUCUGAAGAAUGAUGCAGAAUUUAAAAAGAUAUUUGGUCUCACUAAAGAUUUGAGAGUGUGCCUUACUCGGAUUCCUGAUCAUUUGGCCUCUGGAGAAGGUUUUGAUUCCUUUAGCAGUUUGGUGAAGAGUGAUACUUACAAAGAGACUGAAUUGAUAGUGAAGGAAGAAAAGAAAAAACAGGGUUUUGAUAAGAAAAGAAAAGCAAAAACCGUUAAGAAGAUGGAUCACACAAAGAAGAGAAAAACUGAGAGCGUGUAUAACACAGCUGCAAAUGGAGGAACUAACGUCACCAAUUCCCAACUCGUCAGCGGUAUUUUACCAACUUCAGAUGUAUCACGUCAUAACAUUCUCAUAAGCCACAACAAAACCAGAGAAGAAAAGAGAACUGAGGUUGAACAUUAUACCCCUGAGAACCAGGAAAAAGGCACAUUGAGUUCAAAUGCAGCUUUUGAACAGAGUCAUUCCUUUAAUAAAAAUUACACUGAAGAUAUUUUCCCCAUGACGCCACCAGAGUUAGAAGAAACCAUUCGAGAUGAAAAAAUAAGAAGACUUAAACAGGUACUGAGAGAGAAAGAAGCAGCUCUUGAAGAAAUGCGUAAGAAGAUGCACCAAAAAUAAUAAAAUAUUGCUAUACUUAAAGACUGCAGUGAAAUAGCUGUGAUUUUUUUCAUAUACUUUUGCAUUAAGUUAAUUAUAGAUGCAUUCUGAAAGUGUCUUUAAAUAUGAAACUUGUUUUUUCAUCAGUUAAUGAUUAAAUUUUAUUUAAGGACUACAAAAAAGUUUGAUUCACACAUGCCUCUUAUGAAUAAUCUACAUGGGGUAUCUGAAUCUUCGCCUAGAUACUUUUUUUGGGGGAAGGAAAAUUUUUCUAUAUUUCUGUUAAUUAGAAUUCCCAAAGUUUGAAUAUUUGUGCAAGGUUUUUUGUUUUUGUUUUUAAUUGUCUACAUCUUUAGCUGAACUGCACAGGUGUUACUCCAACAGUAGAGAAUUUAUUGUAUACUGCUGAAAUUACACAGUCUAAGGGAGGAUAUCAGCUCUAAACUUAGCCUUGCCAAUGGGCUUAUAUAUUUACUCAGCCUGUAUCCAUAAAAUGAUACCAUUGUUGUAAAUCUAUUUUAUUUCAUGAAAGAAAAUGUAUUAUAACAGUAUUAUUUAAAAAUUCAAACAUUUCUCAGAGUGAGGGACACUUGUUUUGUGGCUUUUACAAAGUAGUUUUAUAUAAUUCAAAAUGGGUUUUAGAAUCCAGGCUAUAUAAUGUAAUAUUUGCUUAAAGUGAUAAGUUAUUAUUCCUAGGUAAAUGCUUUUUCUUCUUCUCCAUCCUCUUCCUCCUCUUCUCCUCCUCCUUUUUUUUGGAUUAUGUACAUAUGUAACUAUGUGAAAAGUAAAUCUGAACAAUGGCCACA